UUUUCAUAAAAAUAAGUUGUCCUGUAAUAAAGGCAGAUACGAUAUAGUGAUUAAAAUAGUUUAUGAGAUAUGUAUAAUGAGAUCUAAUAAAAAAAACUUAUUAAUUGCCAGCUCCACUUUUAAACAUUAAAUAAACUACUACUAGCUGAAUGUACAUAUCAUCGACUAUUUUAAUUGAAUUUGUGUAACACUAAUGUGGAAUGGUCUAUUAAUGGAGAUUUCUUAAAAUGGACAAACAAUGCAGUUUAUACUUCUGUCAAUACUUUUCAAAAGUUUAAACAGCUUAGAAAAAUGCACUAAGACUUGACCGAAGACUUUAAAUGUAAUAACUAAAAGUCUUUCUCAGCAGUGCCGAAAGACUCACUCUAGUUCUUCUAGAUUUUGAAUUCCAACAUUCUUUUGUGUACACCUUUCCAUUUCGUCCUUUUAAACCCUACUAUUAUUGCUUAAUCUCCUUCAUUGUCGUUACUGCUGUUUUUUAUUUUCCUUUUGUUUUGUAUUUUGUUGACUUUAUCUAGUCCUAAUGACUUACGGGGACUGAAGUCAACUUAUAUCUAUUUCAGGCUUUGUGUUGAUAGUGACUAAAUCAAUAUUAUACGUCAUCAAAUACUUUUCUAUUGUCAAGCAAAUUCACCAUUUUGGCAUACAGUAAUAUUAACAGUCAUGAUUACUACUCACGACUUGAUUCAUUUAUUUGUUAACUAAACAAGUAAAACUUAUGGCGGUUUGUUAUAACGUUUAUAAUUUAGACUUCAGAAUAAUCAACACACCACUGAUUUGUGUGGGAAUGCGUAUUGAUUCGAUUACAUAUCCCUAUUUAACGGUGAUUCGGUGUUAUAUAUCUGAUUUGCAAGUAUAAUUAGUUUAUUUUCAGUUUAGUGUGAACAUGUGUGCUUUUAUUCAUUAAUUAUUACCUAUGGUGACAAGUUUACCUAAAAGAAAUCUCAUAACUUUGGUCAUUUGCUCCAUUUGUUUGAUUAUGAAUAUAACCGCUUGCUAUGACUACGCAUAUAACUGACCUAAUUAUUAUGUAGUGUUUUUUCUGUACACGAUGUCAGUGAGAAGUUAUUUUGAACAAACUUGUCACGUGAUAGUCAUUUGGAGUUUGUUUGCUUAGUACGUUUUUACAACUUCAGUCAAUCAGUUAUAUUUAGCGCGGAACCCGAUUUUUUCUUAAUGAGUAAAAAUUUCACGCAUAAACUCCUUCUCUGCAAGCGAGCGUGCUCGUUUAGAUCGUGAAAUAUCUAUAUUAAGACAUGUUAAACAUCCUGGAAUUAUAAAACUUUUAUCUGUUGCUGAAUCACCAAAAGUUAUCUUCCUCAUAACUGAAUUAUGUGAAGGCAAUUCACUAGAUCAUUAUAUGAAACAACUACCAGAAAAUACUGGGCUACAAGAAUAUAUUGUGGUAGCUAUUGUAAAGCAAAUAGCUUCAGCUUUAUCUUAUUUGCAUAAUCGAGGUAUUGUACAUAGAGAUUUAAAACCUGGAAAUAUUAUGUUAUUAAACAAAGUAGAAUUAGAUUUUCGUACUAUACCUCCGGUGAACUUUAAGUCAAAUUUUAAAUAUUCAUCGGACAGUAGAAUAAUUUCUUUCGAUUCUCUUAUUAAGCAUCAAAAACCUGAAAAUGAACACAUCGAGGUGCAUAAUGACUCGUGUUCCAGUCACAGUGGUACACGAUCAGAAAUAACAACGACGAAAACAAUAACAACUGAAACAAUAUGUUCAUCUGUAUUUACUCGAAAUAAAUCAGUAAAUUCAAGCACAAAACCAUUGCCUGUUUGCUGUAGACAUGAUUCUACAUUAUUAGAAUGUAAUACAAAAACAAAUCACAAUUCAGACAUCCAACCUAGAAUCCCAUCAUUUCAACUUGGUGAUAAUUAUUGUAUAAAUGUUGAAAAUAAAUAUCCACCUAAAGAAUUACAAACGAAAUUAAUUGAUUUUGGCUUAGCCAUAGAAGUACGCAAAAGUGAAGAAGUAUUAGCUAAUCCAUGUGGUACACUAUUGUACAUGGCACCGGAAGUAUUGAAUGGACGAUCAUAUACACGUCAAUGUGACUUAUGGAGUUUAGGUGUCAUUAUCUUUAUAUUAUUAACAAAUCAAACACCAUUUAAUUCACAAAAUGAAAAACAGUUAAUCAAUGAAUUAAAUCAACCUAAUAUACAAAAGAUAAUAGAAAAAUUAGGCAAUUAUAUAACAUCAUUAUGUAAAGAAUGUUUAAUACGUUUAUUAACUGUUGAUCCAGCUUAUCGUUUAACCGCUAAUCAACUUCUAAUUGAUCCAUGGUUAUCAUUUUAUCCAGUAUAUAAUUCAAAUGAAAUAGUGAAUAAUAAUUUGAAUGCAUCUAAAAAAGAAAAGGAAUAUGAACAAAUGAAUUUAUCAACAAUUCAUUCACUUAAUAAUUUGCCUGGAAAUUCUAUCACAACAUCUUGUAGUAGUAUUAGUAAUAUUAACAAAUGUGUUUCUAGACCAUCAUCAUUUUCUAGUUUCAAGACAACUGAUACGUAUUCUACAACGAAUGUACUUGAAUUAAUGAAACAAUAUCAUAAAGAAUUGAAUAAUUGUAAGCAAAAUGUUGAGAAGGUGAAUCAAUAAGGAUGUCUAUAAUUGACAUCAUAAAUAUCAAUUGAUCAAUAAAAUGUAAUGAUUAUUAUUAAAGAUUAUUCAAUUUAUUAUUAUCAUUAUUAUUGGUCUAUUUGAAUAUUGUUUAAUGCAUAGAAGGAUUUCUUUUUAAAGUUGAAUUUUAGUGAAUUUACUUUCAAUGUCCAAUGAGAAUUUAUUUUUACAAAAUCGAUCAAAUUGUAAAUGACUUGUAAUAUAAAAUUUCUAUUCAACUGGUUGAGUUACAUUUGUUGUAACGUUUCAAUUUAUUUUUAGAUUUAUCAAAUACUAAUUUAUAUAUAUAUAUAUAUCUUCAUCAUGAAGGGAAUUUCAAUGUUCUCCCAGUUUUUUUUAUCUAUUUAUUUAUUUGUUUAUAAAUUUCAAUGAAACAAGAAUAACAACUGUAGUAGAAUAUAAAUGAUAAUUUAUUCAUUUCAGAA